CUCUUAUAUUCCAAGAACGUCAGUCAAGAAGAUGGGUUCGAUUUGGAAGAGAAUCAAACCAAAUAAUUUGUUUGAUACCUUAUCUAUUAUAUACGCACAGAUCAUGAUUCAUUCUGGCCUUAUGUAUGGAAAAUUUAUGGUUCUCCCAUGGCUGAUCGAGACAUACAAUGUUGGGUUUGCAAAAAUCUGCAUGUAUCAUCUGUAUGCAUGCUUUAUCUACUUCAACGUUAUCGGUCGAAUGUGGAAAAUCUGCUCAACUAAUACGUCAACUGUUGGAAAGAUUCUACCGACACUGUUAAAGCCGGGUUGGUACUAUUGUACAAUAUGUGAGGCAAAUUCUCCUCCUCGUGCAUUCCACUGCAGAACAUGUAACAAAUGUAUUCUCAAGCGUGACCACCACUGUAUGUUCACUGGCAAGUGUAUCGGCUACUUUAACUACGGCCACUACUUGCUACUCAUCUUCUACGUCUGGCUCGGUACAAUGUUUGCUAUCGUCAUGGGCUUUGAGUUCACCUGGAGUUAUGUCCUUGGAGGAUUUUCAUUCUGGAAUGUUAUCUACUUCAUCUUCCCUCUGAUAUGUUUCAUGACUGGACAGUUGAGUUUGUACACUACAACAGCAUCAUUCAUCUGCUUGCUGGCAUCUGUGUUUUUCAUUUUACUAACAAUUCUGAUGAUUUACCAUGCUAAACACGUGUAUUACGGACAGGUCACCCAUGAAAGAACUCAUAAUAUAUAUGCAUAUGAUCUUGGCGGAAAGCUCAAUUUUCUCUCUGUGUUUGGAUCAAAAUGGCAUAUAUUUUGGAUAUUUCCCACUAUUGAAUCUCCUUUACCAGGAGAUGGAAUAGAAUUUAUUAGAAAAGAAAAUUAUGAAAGACCAAAGAAUAUGUGAUUUU